UUUGCGAACUUGUUCCAAAUUAGAUAAUAUCUCUAUUUUUUAAGAAAAACAUGAAAACAACAUAUGUUAUAUUGGAGUUAUAUAUAUUAUAAGCAUCUCUAGUUCAUUAACACCGUCAAUGGAACUCUCAAUAAUUUCGGCCGUAUGUACGGUCCUCUUUUUCCUUGUAACUCUCUUCUUUUUCUCCACCGCAAGAACUGGGAGGAACUCCAGCUACGACGGCAAUGGCCAAGGCUCACUUCCGCCGGGUCCCCCGGGACUCCCACUGGUCGGAAACAUAUUCCAACUCGGCUUCAAUCCUCACCGUUCACUUGCUGUCUUUUCGAAAACGUAUGGACCUAUAAUGAGUUUAAAGCUUGGAAGGUUAACCACAGUGGUUAUAUCUUCACCAGAAGCAGCUAAAGAGGCACUUAAAACACACGACCAUGUCUUGUCUGCUCGAACCUUUAACGACCCGAUUAGGGCCUUUGAUCACCAUAAACAUUCCGUUGUCUGGAUUCCUGCAUCUGCUCGUUGGAGGUUUCUGAAGAAGAUAGUAGUGCAAAAUUUGCUAUCACCGCAAAACCUAGACGGUAUCCAAUCCAUAAGGAUGAAAAAGGUGGAGGAACUUGUGAGCUUAGUAAACAAAUUUUGCGAGAGAGGAGAGGCUAUUGACAUGGCUCGUGCUUCCUUCAUCACAUCUUUCAAUAUAAUCUCAAAUGCAUUGUUUUCUGUUGAUUUGGCCACGUAUAACUCUAACUCGUCGUCUUUCGAGUUCCACGAAACGGUGGUUCGUCUUAUGGAGAUCUGUGGGAAACCCAGCGCAGGAGAUUUUUUCACGUCUCUGAGGUUUCUUGACCUACAAGGUAGCAGAAAAGAGUCGGCACUCUGCAUAGAGAAGCUAUUUAGGGUUUUCCAAGAAUUUAUUGAUGAUCGUGUGGCCAAAAGAUUGUCUCAGACAGAGACCUCGAGUAUUGAUAUGUUAGAUGCUCUUCUCGAUAUUACACAGCAAAACGAAGAAGAGUUCACCAUGAAUGAUAUGAAACACAUGUUUCUCGACUUGUUUGUUGCGGGAACGGAUACAAACUCUAGUACAAUGGAGUGGGCUAUGACGGAGCUACUCCGUAACCCGGAGAAGAUGGUCAGAGCUCAGAGUGAGAUACGCCAAGUGAUAGGUGAAAACGGUGUCGUCCAAGAAUCUGAUAUCCCGCGGUUGCCUUACUUGCUAGCAGUUGUGAAAGAGACUCUUCGUUUGCAUCCUCCAGCUCCUUUGAUCCCUCGAAAAUCUGAAUCUGAUGUCCAAAUCUUUGGUUUCCUCGUUCCAAAGAACUCUCAGGUUUUCGUGAACGUUUGGGCAAUGGGACGAGACUCGAACGUGUGGGAGAAUCCAAUGAAAUUCGAGCCAGAGAGGUUCUUGUUACGAGACACCGAUGUAAGAGGCAAAGAUUUCGAGCUGAUACCGUUUGGAUCAGGACGAAGAAUGUGUCCUGGAAUCACAAUGUCAUUGAGGACAACACCUAUGGUGCUUGCCUCUCUUCUCUAUUCCUUUGACUGGAAACUCCAAGACGGUGUCGUCCCUGGAAACAUGGACAUGAGUGAAGUCUUCGGUCUUACUUUGCAUAAAGCUAAACCUCUCUUUGUCGUACCCAUCAAGAAACCUAUAUUAUCGUCUUAAUAUUCUCCAUGGUAUUCUAUUCUUUGUAAAAUAAGACUUCUUGUGGGUCAAUAUUAAAAACAUAGAUAUCAGACACUCAAUCUAUUCAAAAAGAAUUACCAAAGGUUUUUUUUUU